AUGGUCUUUAAACUGCCUUCAUUGUAGACACAGUUUCGCUGCGAUAAUCUAACAAGUUUGUUGACUACUAAGCAAUAUUUACAAAGCUUCGUUGAAAACUUCGGAAAUCUGCACUGCACGAAAACAAGUUUUCCUCUCAAUUAAAUUUCCCGUUUAAAUACUCGAAAACUAUGUAACAAUUAGUAAUCAAUCAAACAGCGAACUUUCAGUGCAUUCGCGGAUUUCAAACGUAAAUGUUGAUUUUGUAAAACAAUAGGUAUUCAAGUUUUAUUGAUAAAGUGUGAUUGAUAAUAUUUUAAACGAACGGCAAUAUACCUAUAUAAAAUUUACAGAACAGUUUUUCAAUAAACAUACAUACUAUUUUGAAAUUAAAAAUGGCAAAAUUAACAUUCGAGCUUCUCACACUAGAAAACAAUGUCUUCAAAGCUUACCUCUUCUGGUCAGCGAUUUUAGUGUUGAAAAUGUUAUUCAUGUCAUUGUUGACGGGAUUCAUGCGUUUUCGAACGAUGACUUUCAUCAACGAAGAGGAUAUACUCGACAAACGACUUAAGUUGAAGUAUAACGAUCCACAUGUGGAACGAGCACGUCGAGCACAUCGCAACGAUCUGGAGAACAUUCUGCCGUUUUUCACUAUUGGCCUCUUGUAUGUGCUGCUAGAUCCAAAUACUACUUUGGCUAUCAAUUUGUUUCGAGCCGUGGGCAUCUCACGCAUUUUACAUACGUGCGUCUACGCCAUUGCUCCAAUGCCACAACCGAGUCGAGUCUUAGCAUUUCUUGUUACCGUCUUUGCCACCACUUAUAUGGCUUAUGAGGUGGCUCGAGAAGUGUAUUAAAAAUGUUAAUGAGUAGAAGAACACUCUAGAGUUCGAAACUUAUUCUUAAGAGUAAGGUUUAGUCAUAUAAAAUUAUGUCUUUAUGUAUUUCUUAUGCUUAUGAAGAUUAGAUAAGUCGAUUGUAUAUAAAAUAUUAAUAUUAUGUGUAGGGAACACAAUCAUUUAUAAGCUAAGAUUUUUUUUAAAAGAGGUACAGUUUUAAUAAAAUUUAUAUAAAAAUUAAAUUGUAUUUUUGAAACUGAACUUCUAUAGACACGGCAUUAUAACCAAUGGAAUGCAACGAAGCUUCAACACGUUAACAGUACCAUGAAAUUAAGAGCGGAACCGAUUGGAAAAUAUUUUCGAAUAAAAGCUACCAUUUGCUUGAAUGAUAAAUAUAAAUUUGAUCAGA